UCCCAUACUCGUGCAGCCACAGCGCUGUAACCAUCUUAGUGGCUUGCUUCGAUUGCAUUUGGCAUUGCAUACAGAGCACAUGAGCACUGUAAGAUAUGCUGUAAGAUAUAAACCGCUCAUAUAUGCUGUCACCGAGGUUUGACUGUUGGAGAUGCAUUGCCAUUUCCUGAAUCUCCGCUGAACCUUGGCCUUUUCUGCGGGGUAUGGAGGUGAGCCAGCCCAUUGAAGAGUUGAGCGGGAUUCAGUACAAAGUGCACGACCAUGUGUCAAAGCAAAGACCGGAGCUGGUGGACAGCCGUCACAGCUGGAUCGUUGCCCUUGCCUGCUCCUGGGUCCAAAUCUGGAUCUCGUUGAUUUAUAGGUCCGCAGGCGUCUUUCUAGUCUCCAUGGUAGCCACGUUUGAAAUUCCGCGCCAGCAGGCUUCCUGGCCUCUGGUCAUCAACCUGUCCUGCAACUGCAUUAUGGCGGUCUUCUCCGGGUUCCUGCUCCGAUGGACGGACUCGAGGUUUGUCGCCGUGAGCGGUUGCAUUAUAGCCUCAUUAAGCAUCAUGGCCUGUUUUAUGUGGAACGAGCCAGUUGGAUACAUCGUUCUCAUGGGAUUCUGCUUCGGAAUCGGCUCCGGUCUGGCAAUACCGACAUGCUUCGUGGUAUUGAGCCGCUACUUCAAGCGGAACCGUGCAUGCGCCAAUGGCAUCACCCUAGCCGGUGCCUCCUUUGGUAGUAUCAUAUUCCCACCAGUCGUUACGCUGCUAAACGAGAAAUACGGGCUUCGAGGCGCCACACUACUGAUCGGUGGCCUCAUUAUGAACGGCGUGGCUGGAGGUCUUGUCAUGAGAUCCUCCACAAGAUUCCCUGUUUGUGCUUGUUCGCACAAGAUGGCGAAGAGCCCCGCUAGUCUACAGCCAAUAUCGACUCCAAAGUACGGAGCUCUGUCUGUUAUAUGGCGCACUGUGUCGCCGCCUUUAUCGUUCCUGAAGAAUGGAUACUUCUACCCGAUUACCCUGGCAGGCAUGGUGUACAACUUCUCCUUGACCACCUACUUGCUGACCAUCGUUGACCACGCCGUAGGACAUGGCCUUUCCCGCGCGGAGGCUUCGCUUUUAUUGUCUACUAUGUCGUUCGCAGACCUCAUCAGUCGACUAUGCACAGGUCCCAUAACGGAUCAUCAGUUCCUGAGCCGCAAGCAGAUGCUAGUUGUGAGUUUCACAAUGCUGUCGAUAUGUUACCUAGUGCUUCCAAUGAUGACUACGAGGGGAAACAUGAUAACGUUGUCAAUUGUAUUUGGCCUGAGCGGCGGGGGAGCAGUUAUCAUUUUGCCCGUGCUUCUCGUGGAACACCUCGGCAUCGAUAACCUUCCGGUUGCCUUCGGAGUGCAUCGUAUGGCAAUUGGACUCUCCACGUUAGCCAGGCCUGUCCUCAUCGGUGAGUGCAUUGGUUCUUGUAAGUCUGGGUUACACUGCAUAUGUUUGGCAUGACAGGUUGCUAGCUCGAAAUUAAUGGGAAGCUGUACUUGAGCUUAAAAAUGCGGCGAUCCUUGGUUGCCGCAAGCUCGCAUUCUCGCAAUAAGCGUCGAAAUCUGCUUGAUACAAAUGCUGCCUCGCGCACUGAUGAACAGGCACAAGUGAACAUGCGGGGUGUUGGCUAACUCGCGUUGUCUAAGCGGAAGUAGGCCCGGUCGCAGUGGUGAAGCAGGUAGCACCGUCGUCUGCUUCACGAAUACAACUAAAGUAGGUUGAAGCAUUUGGUUGCGCGGUCACGGGACACUUUUAAUAGACGACGGCCCUACAAGAUUUCUGCACUGCUGUAAAGUAUUGGAGAUCUCUGCCUCUAACAACGCCUUCUAGAAUCUCGAUCUCGAUUCCUUCUCUCUGUGCUUAGCUACGCGUGCUUGUAUACAGUCACGGUCUCGUCUGCUUCGGCGAAAUGACGCAGACGAUUUCAAGCAGAGAAAGCCCGUGGCUACAAGUGAUACCCAUGCGGCUCGCACCCACGGCUACUGCUGAAAGCGACGCUGUGAUUGGCAGAACUCACAAUGUCUACGUCACGUUGGCUAGCGACCAGGCCUUGCUUAGUUUAGAUGGCAACGGCGUAGAGAGAAUGUUUCAAGAGGGGUUCUAUGGGGACUAAUGGGGAUUAGGAUUCCCCUCGUUUCCCUCUCCCAACUGCACUACCAAAGGGCGCUACCUAUACACUACCAAAUGCACUACCUAUUUCUGUGUGUGUGUGAGGGGGGGGGGGGGUGACCACCCAGAACUUAAUCUUCUAGUUUCUUGUCUUCCGACCUAGCUGCGUUAUGGUUUGCAAUAUGCUUUCCAAUGUUCCACGAGGUCAGUGAAUAUCUAGAGGUGAAAAAUGUUCUCCUAUAGGAUACGGUUCUCUUAUUUUACACCACAAAUAUACAGGCUACUUCAAAGACAGUGGCGGAUCGUACGAUGGUCUCUACUACAUCGUCAGCGUGGGCUGCAUGUCGGUCAUCGCCGUCUGGAGCGCCAUCUUGCUUAAGUCUUGGGCCAGAAGAAAAUAGGCUAGGAGGAUCACAGCCUGACUGCUUUCAUUUCAAGUCACGAAUUGUUCAGUUUCGAAACCGUGCGCACAACUGCUGUACACACGAAUAUAAAACAUUAUGUAUAACCCUGUCGAAAGUAGGAUUGCUCAGUGCCGAAAUGAGUAUCACAUGUGUCCGAGAAGGGAUAACUCGGUUGUGCU